AUGCAAAGUGACCAAUUGUCGGUCCGAAUCCAACGUCUCGAUGAGUUGUGGCGAGAGUUUGAAAGUAUUCAAGAUGAAAUCGAGGUUUUGGAAGACUCAGAAGAGCAAUUUUCGGAUGAACGCCGUGAGUUCCAAACAUUAUAUUUCGAAUUAAAGGCAUCCUUGGAGGGUAAGCUUCCAUCUCGUCCACCUACGGCACCUCCAUUGCCAUUGCCAUCGGUUCAUGUGCAGCCAGUUGCGAACAUACGGCUGCCAGAAAUUUCGUUAAAACAGUUCUCUGGCAGAAUCGAUGAUUGGGUAUCUUUUCGUGACCUGUUUGUGUCAUUAAUUCACAACAAUCAACAACUCGGAGCGGUUCAAAAGUUGCAUUAUUUGCGAGCAACGAUUUCUGGUGAAGCGGCUGGAAUCAUUUCGUCGCUCGAUCUGUCUGCCAACAACUAUUCGGUUGCUUGGAAAAUGUUGCGGGAACGAUACGAAAAUAAAAACUUUCUGAUUAAAAGACACAUUUCUGGAUUACUGUCAAUUUCUUCCCUAAAAAGGGAGUCGUCUUCGGGACUUUCGGAACUGGCCGAUGAGUUCGACCGGCAUGUACAGUUACUUGACAAACUCGAGAACAAAGAGGACCACUGGAAUUCGUUUCUAGUCGAGCGGUUGAGUAAUUGUUUAGAUUCCGCUGCGCUACGAGAAUGGGAAACACAAGUCUCUGACGAGGAAAGGCCCACUUACAAACAACUUCUCGAGUUUGUGCACAAGAGAUCACGAAUCUUACAAACCAUAAUGCUCUCCCACACUAGCAAUACCCAAUCAGAUACAAAACCAUUAAAGUCUCGCCUCACCACUGCCCACGUUGCUUCUGAUAACAUCCCUAAGUGCCCUAGUUGCAAACAAGCUCAUUUGCUAUUCCAGUGCGACCAGUUUCGCAAUCUCGUUCCGAAGCAACGUUUCGAAUUUGUCAAGAGGCAUGGGCUCUGUAUAAACUGCCUGAAAGGCAAUCAUCUUGCGAGGGAUUGCUCCAGCGGUUCCUGCAAAACCUGCGCAAAGAAACAUCAUUCGCUGCUGCAUCUGAUGCCGGCUUCGUCGCCCACGGUGACAGUAACAUCUGCAGCAGGCUCCAAGCAAUUAACAUCCGCUUUGACGUGUCAGCCCGCUGAAGCAUCCUGUUCGCAAGUCGGUCCGGUCGUAAAUGCCCAUCCGGUAGGGUGUUCGGUAGCCUCACCACUCGCGUUCCCGUCGUCAUCGAAAACGUUGAACUCGCAUUCGUAUUCGGUCGGUAUCGCUCCCUCCUCGUCGUCGGUUGAUAAAUCGUUCGAUAUCGCAAACAGUCACCUUCCAUAUACCUCCUGUCAAAGUGCAGAACUGAAUUCGAAGGUUCGUAAUACUAUGGUGAUGUUGUCUACGGCCAUCAUUAAAGUGAAAGAUGCAGAUAAUAGUUACCAAUUUGCUAGAGCACUCCUGGACAGCGGCUCUCAGCCUAGCUUCAUCACCGAGGCGCUAUGUCAGCGACUUCGGUUAAAACGUUCCAAGUUAAACUCGCCGGUCAGUGGCAUCGGUCAAUCCACUGUCACUGUUCAUCACGGUGUGACAUUAUCACUCGCUUCUCGUUUCGGUGAUUUCGAAUACAAUCUUGAUUGUUUAGUACUGCCAAGGCUGACCGUCUCGCUACCCAGUCAUCACAUUGACGUUUCACGAUGGCGGAUCCCACGCCACCUACCGUUGGCUGAUCCCCAGUUCAACAUUAGUCAGGGGAUUGAUAUCAUCAUUGGCGCAGAAUUGUUCUUCGAUUUGUUGGAGAAUAAACAAUUUUCGCUAGCAGUGGGCUACCCACUACUCCAAAAGACCGUUCUGGGAUACAUUAUCUGCGGAAGGGUUGCGGAGCCAAUCACAGAACAAACUUCCGUACAAAGCAGCCACGUCUGCACAGAAGACCUACUCGAUAGUCAACUUAAACGAUUCUGGGAGGUUGAUAAUUUCGAUGACGGUAAAGCGUACACCAGCGACGAGCAAGCUUGCGAGGACCAUUUCAAUGAAACAAUUUCUCGUGGUUCAGAUGGACGGUAUAUAGUUCGCCUUCCGUUACGGCAAGAGAUGCUAACGAUGAUUGGAGAUUCGUAUACUCCGGCACUACGACGGUUCCUGUCGAUGGAAAAGAAGUUCGCCAACGAUGAAGAUCUCCGUCUGGAAUACAGCAAUUUCAUUGAGGAGUACGACAGGUUAGGUCACAUGGAGGUGAUCGCGCGCGUCGUGUAG